CCUCGGGGAAAGGCCAUGCUGCUCUGUAUGCAGUUCCUCCAAAGCCUAUGUUGGCUGAACAGGGUGGAGGGAGAGGUGAUGGGAGCAGAGGCUGGAGGGCUCAGCCUGGACAGGGGUGGGGAUGGGGACAGGUUGGUGGUGGAAGACUCAGUGUGCCAGCUGCUGUCCUGUGUGAUGGCAGCUAGUAGGGAUGCCAGGGCCCUGCCCCCUCACUCACUGCUCCUGCAGGUGUCCCUAGUGGCAGCUCAGGCAGUGGACCACUGGCUCUCCCACAGACAGCCCUCCCUGAAGUUUGUGGCACACAUGGAAGAUGCCCUGAAAGAGCUCACCGAGCUGCUAUUAUGCAAUGACCAGCUCAAUAGGUUCCAGGUUGAGGAGAGGCUGACAGAGUGUUUGACCCUGCUGGGAGGGAACAGCUUGCUGAGGUCCCUGCUCAUCCGUCAUGUCCUGUCUGAGAUCAACCGGCUGGCAGAGCACGUCUGGAUCACCUGCCAGGGGGAGAGCAGCAAGGGGUCUGUCCAGUUUGACGUGUCCCAGUAUGAAAACCUCUACCUGGUCUGGCUCCUGGAGCAGCUCCUACAUGGACCUCCAGGGGCCGCAGUGGGGCCAGGUCACCACUGGACGUAGGAGCAGAGGGCCCUGCUGGGCAGCCUGGAACACAGCGUCCUUCUCCUGUCUGACUUCCCCCUGUUUAGCCUCUACAUGUGGAGGAUAGGGGCUCUCCUCACCCCCUUUUCCGACACCACCACCCAGACCCGAGACUGGCGUUCCAGGAACGAGCAUGGCGCCACCACGGCCACACAGGCGUGUAAUUCCACCUCCAGGAUGAUUCCACUUCAAAGGGCUGCAGAAGUUGGUGCAGAUACAGUCAAUUUGACUGACAUGACAGGAUUGAAGAGACAGGACUUAACAAGACUGGAGAAGGAGAUGGUGGGAGGUGCGUUAUUCAUUGAGGUUGGCUACCUCUUCAGAAGAAUAAUCUAUAAAUAGUGUGGCGCUAAACCAAAGCCUGUCAUUAUUCUUGUUGGGAAAAGUGUGGCAAUUAAACAAUAAGACCCGAGGGGGAGUGGUACAUUAUAUGGCCAAUACACCAUGUCUAAGGGCUGUUCUUAAGCACAACUCA